ACCUUGAUGGCAAGCAAAACAAAAUAUGGUCUGUUGAAGUCAACAGCAUACAUUCAGCUAAGGAGGUUCUCCCUUGUCAAAGCAUUAGGAACAAAAGUAUUUUCCUUUGUUGUCUGGUCUCUCACGUGCUUGAAGCUAUGCUAUUUGGAAGUUCCUUAUCUUAUCACGGAGACGGAUUUUUUGAAAUCCGGGCUAAUGAGCUAAGAAUGCCGCUACCUCAAUUUCUUGAACUUCGUUUUGACUUCAAGUCAUCUGCAAAACCAGCCAGCAACUUGCAAGAAUGUCUGUUGUGUCAGGAGUGAAGGGAGAGACGGCUGCUCAGGCGAGGUCCUUGUACCGUCAAUUAUUACGGCAGAGCGACCAGUUCGCAGCCUACAAUUUCAGAGAAUAUGCGAAACGAAGGACGAGAGAUGCAUUCAGAGAACAUAAGGAUGUGCAAGACGAGAGACAAAUUCAAGAGUUGAUGCAGAAGGGUCUGAAGGAAUUACAGUCAAUGAAGAGACAAACAGUCGUCAGCCAAUUCUUCCAAUUGGAUCGAUUAGUUGUGGAAGGUGGAAAGACGGGAAAACAAGGAGGACGAAGAAAUGAUAUCGUGAGGCAGAAGGAAACGGGAUGGGACUGAUCGGUCGAAACUUGGCAUCUCUGGGAAAGGAAUGCUUCACGACGUUACGUUAGACUUGGGACGAUGGCAACCAUCAUCUUGUACAACAAAUGUAUAUCCAAUAAUUUCAAGGAGACAAAGUCCAUAGGUUGGUGCCGGAAAGCAGUUGAGGCACUGGGCCUAGAAGUAAUAAAGCUUCGAAGCAUGUAUGGCUAAAAAGAAUGCAUCUCCACAAUUCCCUGACUGAUGAGAUGACUUUCUGCGAGCGCAAGGUGCCUGCUCAUUUCAACCAUGAUCUUGAUCAACACAUCUUCAAGACUUUCG